UGGAAAUCGUGAUUUGUUUAUAAUGUCGCAGUUCGCAACACCUUUUAUUGUCGUGAAUUUGGGCUGUGAGAUGAUUUAUGUGAUCGACCAGAGGCUGAAAGCACAACAUAUAGGAUCAGACAAAUCUGAAAGAGUUCUUACGGAUGUUGCUACAGUCUUACUUCACCCAAAACUCCUGGAUGAACUAUUUAUACCACAACCGGUGGCCACACACGUCGUCACGAAACAAUUGCUGCAAGAUAUAUCGGCUACAUCUAUUAUGAAACUGGACGAAUAUUCUAUGACCAAAUUAUGGGACCUAAUGACCAUGAUAUACAAAUGGCAGCUUUCAGUAGCAACAAAUCAAAACAUUUUUGACAUUACGCGCCGGCACCUGAAAAAUGUAGCCAGAUUGCUACCACAUUAUUUCCCCAAAAGUUUUAUUGAACAAACAUUGAUAAGGUUUCAAAACUUAAAACAACGCUUUACCGACGAUGAUUAUAAAUGUUUGAUCAAUACCUUAAUUUUGUGGUUUUCUGAAUAUCACACAAAAAUUUCCGUACUGUUACGGUUGGGAUUGCAAAAAAAAGAUGGCACAUUUAGUUUACCAGCCACCAUUAACCCAAAGAUUUUACACAACUUGGGAGAAAACAUUUAUAUUUACGAUUCAAAGAAAAAUCCUGUUGAAGACUUUGAAAGAAGUUGUUCUGAUACUUCUGAAAUUAAUUGUCUGCUUGCUUCAAUUGAAAAAGAAAAAAAUAUAUCAAAACAAGGUAUACUAAAAAUUCAACUGCCCAUUGAAUUAGGAAAUCAACAAAGUAAAAAAGGUACUCUAGAAUUAGCUCGCGAUACAAUGUUUGAAAAUAUUGCAACUAAUUUCAAGUGCAGCACAAAUGACUUAUCAUUCAAUCCUAAUUUACCAAAAUCACCACAAGAAGACCUUUUAAAAAUGUUAGAUGAGUCGUAAAUAUUGUAAUUAGGUAUAAUUACCUAUUCCUUAUGAAUAAUUCAAUUCCACAUAAGCUUUAAAUUUUUACAUAUUAUCUAAUAAAAAUUACAAUAAUGUACUAUGUAUAUGUGGCGUUCCAAACAAAAGGGGCAGAUUCGAGUUUCCAAGACAUUUCAGAUUUUGUAAAAACAGGUGGAAAAUUGGCAUCUUAGCAAAUGGCCACGUUUUCAUACAAUAAACGUCUCUAAAUAAUGUACCUACAUAAUGUGAGAUUAGUGAAACACUAUAAAUUGUAGGAUGGGAAUUGAAUUCUAUAUAUAAUAACUAACUAUUUAUGCUCUAUUAUAAUAAUAUAUGUAACUAACUACUAGAUCUCUAGCUAUUACAGAGUUUUAUGUCUAUUUCCCAACAAUUUAUUUUUUGUAAGUAUAAACAUUGAAACAUUUUUUCCAAUAAAUAUGCCUUAACUCGAUACGCAAGCAGUAACUGAACACCACAUUAUAUUACUAUACAUACACAAUAUAAUACCUAUAACAUUUUAUUUAGAGAGACAUAUUUUAAGAAAUCAAUAUUUUCGUCCAUGAUAUUUUUUUAUGAAUUAUAUAAACACAGAAUGCAAUGCAAUAAUUCAAAUUCCCUAGUUUUAUGGUAACAUCUUGAUUAAUGACAACACUGACUCUUAGAAUUAAGAUUUAUCGGAAUUCCCCGAACUUCCUGCAAUGGAAGUCGAACAAAUACUUUUUAUUUUGUAAACUAUUCUGUUCUCAGAAAUUUCUGUACUCAGAAAACAAAUUUCUGAGAACACAAUAGUCACUUUGUAUUGUAUUGCAACCUGAGGUAGCAACAUUUUAACCUAGGAUAUACUUACGGCACUAGAAGAUACGUAGAAUAUAAUGAUGUAGAGAUAUUCUAGAAUAUCCUAGCCAAGUCAUUCCAGAUUUUCGGUCAUAUGCAUUGUGAUGCAUAGAAUAGAAAUAGUGCUACAUGGCCUUUUAUGGAGGUCCGAUUCCCAGCGUGAGCAAUAUUUAUUUGUACCUGUUUUUACAGAUAUUUAUUUGCUGCCUGUGGUUUGAUAUGCUCGUAUCCAUCGGACCCACGCAUAAAUCAACAAAAAAUAAAAAAUUGACCCACGACAUAAGCAUAAUGCCUAGUGGGUUUUGAAUGAAACAUUGUCCAUAUAAUUUGGAUUUACCACAGAUACAAUAAUCUGUGGGAUUUACUAAAGACAGAUUUGUAUACAUAAACCAGACAAAGAAAAUUAAUGACGACGGGCUAGCUUUCCCAAAUGAGAUAGAAAAUAACAAUACAAUUUCCGGGCCCGUCUUAUACAAAAUGGCAGAUUGGGCCUUCCCAAAUCGGGUGCAUACACAGUGAGGGACAAAGAUAGAUAGCUAAUUAACACCGUCCGGUUUCUUGUAUUU